AUGGGAGACAAAGGACCCUACAUUCCACCCCUCGUCGGGUGGAUGUACGAUCUGGUCCUGUGGACUUUCUCUGUGCUGAUUGAUCUCUUCUUCCGCGAAGUGCACCCCCGGGGAUCAUGGAAGAUCCCUCGACGUGGUCCCAUCAUUCUGGUGGCCGCGCCCCAUGCCAACCAGUUUGUUGAUUCUCUAGUUUUGAUGCGCGUCAUUCGCAGCGAAGCCCAUCGUCGAAUCUCAUGGCUCAUCGCCGACAAGUCCUUCCGGCGCAAGUUUAUCGGAUUCCUUGCACGAGGCAUUGGAACACUCCCCGUGGCACGUGCCAUGGACAACUUGAAACCUGGCACUGGCACCAUCUAUCUCCCUGACCCGAUCAACGAACCCACUCUGCUACGCGGUGUCGGAACGAACUUUGAAGGGCCCGGCUUCGAGAAGGACGGGACUAUCGCGUUACCCACGAUCAACGGAACAUCACACAGUACUGCUAUUGCGGAGGUCCGCGGACCUGAGGAAUUGGUUCUCAAGAAACCAUUCAAACACAGGGACGCGUUGGGUCAGCUUACUGGGCGCAAGGACAUUGGCAGUGAUGGAAAGUUCUCCGGCGACGCGUCCGAGCAGAACCCUGAGUUCAAGGGCACCAAAUUCAAGGUUGCCCCUCAUGUCGAUCAAACCGCGGUUUACCAGGCAGUCUUCAAGCGACUUGGUGCUGGAGGCUGUGUUGGUAUCUUCCCCGAGGGUGGAAGCCACGAUCGCACUACACUGCUUCCUUUGAAAGCUGGUGUGGCUCUGAUGGCUCUUGGCACACUGGCAGAGAACCCGGACUGUGGCUUGAAGAUCGUUCCUUGUGGUAUGAACUAUUUCCAUGCUCACAAGUUCCGUUCCCGUGCUGUUAUUGAGUUCGGUACUCCAAUCGAUGUCCCACGGGAAUUGGUGGAGCAGUUCAAGCAAGGCGAACGACGAGAGUCUGUUGGUGCUUUGCUGGACAUUAUCUAUGGAAGUCUCGUCUCUGUCACUGUCACCAGUCCCGAUUAUGAAACUCUGAUGGUUAUUCAAGCGGCCCGUCGUUUGUACAACACCAAGGGCAAAAAGCUCCCUCUUCCCAGGGUCGUGGAACUGAACCGUCGCCUUGUGAAGGGAUACGCCCACUUUAAGGAUGACCCCCGAAUCGUUGAUCUGCGCAAGUCUAUUGUAGGUUACAACAAACAACUUCGCAUCCUCGGAAUCCGUGAUCACCAAGUUGCCUAUGCCAAGUUCUCUAUCCUUCAGGUGGUGGCCACAUUGCUUUAUCGCUUGGGCAAACUAGCCCUUCUGACAAUUGGAACACUGCCUGGUUUCCUCCUGUUUACCCCCGUUUUCAUCGCAACCAAGUAUCUUUCUGCAAAGAAGUCCAAGGAAGCCUUAGCUGCUUCUACUGUGAAACUUCAAGGCCGGGAUGUCAUGGCUACAUGGAAGCUUCUUAUUGCCCUUGCAUUUGCCCCUGCUCUCUACGCCUUUUACACUGCGGCUUUCACUUAUUGGACCUACUGGAACCGAGUCCAAGGGUUCGUCCCAGACUGGGUGCCACUUUGGUCUGUGGUGAUGAUCGGCAUGAUUCUUUUCCCCACAAUCACAUUUGCGGCUCUGCGCAUUGGUGAGGUGGGUAUGGAUAUCAUCAAGUCGCUCCGCCCGCUUGUCCUGUCCUUGAACCCGUCGUCAGCCAACACUCUGGUGAGACUCCGUGAAAGACGCGCUGCGCUCGCUCAACAAGUGACCGAUGCAAUCAACACCAUGGGUCCUGAGUUGUUCCCCGACUUCGAUGCCUCUCGGAUUGUCACGGACCCGUUCCGAGACGAAGACUCGGAAUCCAAGGAGCACGGACUGCCGGAGAUCAGAAGAACCAGUGUCUCGGAAGCGGGCGAGGGAAUGCCUACAUCGGAGCCCUUGCCUCGUAACGAGUCCUUCCACAAUUUGGCUAACAUUGGCUUUUUCUCUACACGGCCUCCUAGCCGUGAUCAUAGCCGCAGCAGCUCUGCCAGCGGCCGACCCGGGUCUCGACACGGGCUGAAGCCGCUGAGCCCUCUCACCCAAAAGGAUCCGCUUGAGGAUGUCAGUUCACGUAUCCGGGAUGCUAUGAGAGAACGUGGAGAGCGCCGUCGCCGUCGCAGUGAAGAUGGAAGCUGGGAUAUGGCUAGCUCUGGUCCUGGCACACCCUCCAGUGCCGAUGAGUACCGAAAAGACCUGUGA